AUGUCUUCUAUUCCUGAACUCUUCACAGUCCAGAAUCUCCAGUGUGUGCUUGUAGUUGUGGGAGCAACCUUAUCCUUUUUGUGUGUUACCCUCUUUCAAAAGAGCAAAAGGGCCGGGUUAUCGCACAUCCCGGGCCCUUUCAUAGCUCGAUAUACCAACUUGUGGGCAGUGUACGUGACCUGGAAGACGGAUCGAGAGGAUAAUCGAGUGUCCCUCAAUCGAACUCUACAGGAGCGAUAUGGAGACGUAAUUCGAACAGGGCCGAGGAAUGUUUCUGUCACGGACCCUGCUGCCAUCCCUGUGAUAUAUGGCGUCCGCUCUAGGCUCGACAAGGGCCAUGCUUACGUCCCAUUCCGGCAAGCCGGAGUGACCACGAGCCUCCUCAGCAUACCAGAUGAAACCACGCACAGCAAAUAUCGCAAGCUUGUAUCAAAUGCGUAUUCUUUGUCUUCAAUAAAGGCAUACGAGCCGUAUGUGGAUGAGAUGAUCAAUAGACUUGUCCACGUCUGCAACGAGCAUGCCAAGACAGGCACUCCAAUGAACCUUAGUCUGUGGUGUCAUUAUUACUGUUUUGACGUGGUCGCCAAAAUCACCAUGGGAGACACGCUGGGUUUCCUUGAAGGUCGAGACGCUUACUCUUUGAUCAAAAGCGUGAAAGCGUUUGGCGCCUAUACUGGGGUGGUUUCGCAAAUGCCAUGGCUGCACAAAAUCUUCCAGGACAACCCGUUGAUGAGGAAGACCAAACCAUCGCCAUUUAUGAAGGUAGUUCAGAAGACGGUUGAGAGCCGCCUUGAGAAACCCGAUGUAGAGAGCCGGUCACGACCUGAUCUGCUGGCCCAUUUCAUCGCGACACACCAAAACAAUCCCGAGAUGGAUCGCUUGCAAGUGUUGAUUACUACCUCGGGAAAUCUUAUUGCCGGUGGACUGAGUCCCGGAAAGACUUUUAAUGAGAUUUGCUAUUUCUUAGCGGCAAAUGUGCAGGCACAGGACACGCUCCUGUAUGAACUCAAAGAAGCAAGGUGUACUCAUCUCGCGAGUUAUGAAGAGCUCAAGCAGCUAGGUUUUCUCGAAGGGGUAAUCAAAGAAGCACUUCGCCUACACAGUUCGACUUCGUUCAAUCUACAGAGAAAUACAGGUCCAAACAGACUGGAGCUCCCAAACGGUAUCCAUAUUCCACCCUACACCAAUAUUGGCUGUCCAGCUGGCGCUAUUAAUCAAGACGUUCGUGUUUUCGGCGAAGAUGCACACAUCUACAGACCUGAAAGAUGGCAACAAGCGAAAGAUGAAUCUCAGGAGGCGUACAUCGAGAGAAGAAAAAUCAUGGAAAGAACCGAGCUCUCGUUUGGACAAGGGUCCCGGACAUGUAUCGGCAAGAACAUCGCAUUGAUGGAGAUGUUCAAGGCGGUGGCUACACUCAUGGGACAGUUUAAGUUCGAACCAGUGGGCACACCUGCAAAGGAUAAGGUCAUUGUGAAGGUGCAUCGCAGAGAUAGGGCUUGA